AGGCAUUUCAUCAAAUGGAACCAUAACUCUAGUACCACUUUCUUUUCCCUCCACUUUGAUCAUCAUGUCCCUUUCGUUUCUUAUACUUUCCCUGAUCUUCAUCUAUAUGGUGCUGAAACUAUGGAAGAGAUCAAAUUCCAAGCACUCCACUCUGAAAAAUCUUCCUCCAGGACCAACUAAGCUUCCUCUUAUAGGAAACAUGCACCAACUUCUUGGCUCUCUACCCCAUCAUCGCUUAAGAGACUUAGCCAAGAAAUAUGGAAGCAUUAUGCAUCUUCAGCUUGGUGAAGUUCCCCAUGUAGUCGUUUCAUCACCUGAAGCUGCAAAAGAAGUGAUGAAAACUCAUGAUAUUGUCUUUGCUCAGAGGCCUUUUCUGUUAGCCGCCAGUGUUAUAACUUAUAACUUCACAGACAUCGCAUUUUCCCCAUAUUCAGAUUACUGGAGACAGCUACGAAAGAUUUGUGUGCUCGAAUUGCUGAGCGCGAAGCGUGUGCAAUCUUUCAGAUCAAUCAGGGAAGAGGAGGUAUCAAAUCUGAUUAAUACCUUAACUUCUUUUUCUGGGAAGCCAUUCAACUUCAGCAGGAAGCUGUUUUCUUCAACGUAUGGUAUUGCUGCUCGAGCUAGUUUUGGUAAGAAAUACAAGGACCAAGAGGAAUUUAUAAAAGUUGCUCAACAAAUGACAGAAGUGGCAGGAGGAUUUAGUCUAGCAGAUUUGUUCCCCUCUAUUGCAUUUCUGCAUGUGAUCAGUGGGAUGAAGUCUAGACUUUUGAGGCUGAGGGAUGAUGGAGAUAAUAUACUUGAAAACAUCAUUGAUGAUCACAGAGCUAGGAACAUGACAGGAAAGACGAGUGGCGAAGGUGAAGACGAUGAUCUGGUUGAUGUUCUUUUGAGGUUUCAGAAAGGAGGACAACUUGAAUUUCCAUUGACAACCAACAACAUCAAAGCAGUCAUCCUGGACAUUUUCAUCGCUGGCAGUGAGACAUCAUCAACAACAGUAGAAUGGGCAAUGUCAGAAAUGUUGAGAAACCCAAGAGUGAUGGAGAAGGCACAAGAAGAGGUGAGAAGGGUCUUUGGUAAGAAAGGAAACGUUGACGAAGCAGAGCUUCAUGAGUUGAACUAUUUAAAAUUAGUUAUCAAAGAAACUCUGAGAUUACACCCUCCUGCUCCUCUGCUACUUCCCAGAGAAAGUAGAGAGAGCUGUGAGAUUAAUGGGUACUACAUACCAGUCAACUCCAAAGUUAUUGUCAAUGCAUGGGCAAUCGGAAGGGAUCCAAAUAAUUGGACUGAAGCUGAAACAUUUUAUCCAGAGAGAUUUCUCGACAGUGCAAUCGAUUACAAGGGAAAUUACUUCGAAUUCAUACCAUUUGGUGCAGGAAGGAGAAUGUGUCCUGGAAUUUUGUUUGGUAUGGCUAAUGUUGAGCUUCCACUAGCACAAUUUCUUUACCAUUUUGAUUGGAAACUUCCUGAUGGACUGGAGGCAGAAAGUCUUGAUAUGAUGGAGGGUUUUGGCGCUACGGUUAGAAGGAAAAACGAUCUACAUUUGAUUGCAAUUCCCCACCAUUAAGAUGUUCAUCUUGUAUUAUUAGCUAAAGCCAAAAACAGCUUGUAUUGCUGCUGGCUUACAUAUUUACUAAUUCUACCUAGAAGUUUAAGAAUAAUGGGGUAAGGAUUUCUAUUAGGUUUGUUUCAAAACAGGAAUAAAACUGUAAUUUCUUUUUUUUA